GCAACCACUUCGUAUAAAAAUGGCAGCGCCCACGAGUAGAACUGUAAAUGUUGAGAAUGUCGAAUAUAUUAAUUACAGAACACCACUGGCUUCUCGUUAUGCCAGCUCUGAAAUGCUUAAGAACUUUGGAGAUGUGAAAAAAUUCUCAACUUGGAGACAGUUAUGGCUUUAUUUGGCUACAGCAGAGAAGGUAAAAAAAAAAACUUCCAAAAGUAACGGCACGGGAUUGUGUUGAGAGUUUCGAGGUCGAAGUGACUAUUUCGGACCCCGGCUACCAGAAGUGAGAAGUUGGGAUUAAAAUUUUUUUUAAAUAUUAUUAUUGGUUUGUAAGAUAAAAUUUGGUAUCGAAUGAAAGAUAAUUAAAUGGACUAUACAUUUGUAAACUUAAUUCUUCUCUUUAACUAAAAUAAACUACAAACAAAUGAUACCGGUAUCCGAAAAGCACUUAGUCAAAAUGGACCCCGACAGUCCAGACACGCAUCUCCCCUAUACGGACCCGGCAUGGGUGCCACUUUUCCGGGUUAUCCUGGAAUUCCGGAUUCGUGAAGUUAAAUAUUUUGCAGCUCCGGAUUCGCAAGAUUUUAUAUUCUCUCGCUCCGGAUUCACCAGUUCAAUUUAUUCAAAUACAGAUUCUGUCUGGGUUGUUUUUGUUUUUUUUUAAAAUCGUGUAACAGAAUCCGCGAAAGCCUAUUUAAAUUUAGCGAGAGCGGGUUCGCUAAAAACCGGGAAAAUUCCUUGAACAUGGACGUUAAUCGCUGAUCUCGACUAUCUUUAGCCUUUCUGUUGCCAGAGUGCUAGUGGUUUCCCCUUGGGCAUGUGUUUUGAGCUCUACAAGUUUCGAUUACCGUACUACUUCGAUAGACCAGAAAUAUUUCUUUUCUGUUAACAUCGCCGAUCAAGGGAUAUUUGAAGUGUUUGGGUAAGCAAACUGUAAAAUUUAGUAAAUAUAAUUGUUGGGUAACCAUUAUUAUAAAUAGAAAACUACUCGUCCAAGCGCUGCCUAACAUGCACACUUUGUAACUUUGUUAUGUUUUACUGUAUCAGUGUUUGCAGGCGCCAUGUUUUUUUUUUAGAAGAGCUAGACAGCGUUUACAUUUUUUAAAAGACUUCUUAAGUUCUCUUUACAUUUAAUUACGGAGUAAGCCUUCUAAUUUUAAAUAGGCUAAUAUUAUUAAGUUAUUUUUAUCCAUUCAGUUGUGAGCCUAAUGUAACUGUAUUUAGUUAGUCUUUAUUUAUUAGUUAUGCACUCCUGUGUUCUGAUUCUGGGUAUACUUUACUGUAAAGUACUUGACGGUAAUUCUACUAUUACUAUUAUUCAAAAUACUCUGUAUUACCUUGUGCCAAAGUUUAAUACUGGUAUAAUAUAGAAUAUAGUCUAUAUUAUUAUAUAUGCCUUACUAUAAAUUAUAAAUAUGAUAAUAUAUUUUAUUUUGUUUCAAUAUUCAGGAUCUAGGCUCAAUAAAAUAAUGUAAUGCCCAAUAGUUCCCUUAAAGAACUGAUGGGCACGACAGCAAUCAUAAUUGAGCAAGUCAUCACUGCUAUAUUAUGCUGGAAAUAUUGAUAUCAAGUAUUCAAGGGGAAAGUGUUUAUGAUGAUACCAGCUUUAUCACCUAUCUUAAGUGUCCACUUCUGCAACUUCUCAAUUUAUGCGUCAAAUUAUGAAACUCUUACACUAGUGAGUUUUAAAGUAAAGAUACCAAAUUUUUUCGUACUAACCCAACAAUAAUAUUUUAAAUAUUUUUAAUAAACCCAACCUCUCACUUCUAAUACCGGGUCGAAUAGCUCUGAGUAGCCCUUUCAAUCAGUGACAUAUCCUCUUCAACACCGGGCACAGAAACAUUGCAACUCCCAUCUACAUGCUUAGUAAUAUAGGAGCCAGAAUGAUCAAUAAAUUGAUUGUGUGACUUAAUGUAUAGAAGAAGAAGAAGGAAAAGUAGUAAAAGUCAAGUAAAAUUUGACAAAUUAUUUGUCUCCCAAAAAAGAGAUGGAAUAAGUGAUAAGUCUUAACCCAUUUAAUACGUUUGGCCCCCAAUGUGGGUCACCGCGAUUUCGGCCGAGUACGUUUGGCCACUCUCUGCAUCACCACUGGUUUGUUUCAUUUUAUUAGUAUUACGACUUUUUCCAUUCAACUAUUUUAUUAAUAGCUUAUCAAACUUUUAUUCAGAUGAGUUUCCACUUGCUUUGUGUGAAAUUUCAAACGGAUUAAACCACGUUUAGUUUUGUGUAUUCUGUGCUUGAUUUUUUCAGUUAAAAAAUUUGUAAACAAAAAACAGCUGAUCGAAAUGGCUUCAUCGAGUAAUGCUGCUAGUUCUAAUCGAUCAAGAUUUAGGUCCAUCGCUGCAGAUGAAGCAAGUAAAUUGAUAACUUGGAUGAUUCAAGUUCAAAUGAUGAUAAAUCUGACGACAGUGAUUAGGAAAAUUUAUUAUUUGACGAAACAAGUGAUGAGGAAUAUAUUCCUCCGAUUACAAAGGGACAAAAAUUAUCGUUGGAAAGGGGAAAGGGAAUAAAUUCAUAAUUUGACAAUUUCUGGAGCUACUGCAAUGAAAUUUUCCAGUUGUUUUGGAUAUAUAAUAAGACUCAUUUUUUUUUUAUCGGCAGCCUGAAAUUUUCGUAUAACGCAAAGUGUUACUAAUAUAUUCAGUCAAUCCUCCUAGGCAUAACUCUAAUUUUCUAGUACUAGUAUUUCAUAUUAAAUAUUAUACUAGUAAUAAAAAUAUGUAGCCUAAGUGAGACUGCUUCUAUGGGCUCUUGUGAGGGAGGGGGGAGUCAGUUGCAUGUUUCAAUUCUUCAUAUAGACUUAUAGUUCCCCAAUUUAGAGAGAUCUUAAAAUAAUGUGAAAGCUUGGAAGGGUAUUAUUUAGCUUCUUUUAAGCACUCUGAUAUUUCACCUGGUCCAGAAAUUUUCUGCAUGAAAUGGUUGCAGGGCUAUGCCAUGCCACAGUGCUUUGAUUCAAAGAGGCGGCCAUGUAAGAGAUGGGGAGGAGCAGCAGUAUAUAGAAAUCGAAAUAUAAGGGGCGGCAGCGGAUUUGACUAGCAAACCGAGGGUCCUAGGUUCUAAUCCUGGUGAAGGCUAGAAUUUUUUCCUGGUUCUUGAGGGUUUCCCUUAGCCUACCCAGCUCUGGUGAGUACCUGGCAUUAGUUUGGGAAAAGUAAAGGUUGCUGGCCUUUGUGUUGGCCACACACUCAGCUAAUAUGCCUUAGCCACAGAAACUUGUGGCUUCAAUAGCCCCAUGGGUAGGCCAACAUGAUCUGAAAAUCAUUUACUUUUCGAAGACUUGCAAUCAUAUGAAUAUACCAAGGGGUCCCUCAGACAGAAAUUUGUGACCAGCCAAAAUCUGAGCAUAAUUCCAAGCAUCAGCAGACCAAGAUUUUUGAAUAACGAUGAGCGUUGUGCGCACAGCUGUGGGUAUAAUCACUUCGUUUCAUUAUUAAAAGUAUUUUUAAAGUAGAAUACCAUCUUAUUUAAAAAAAGCAACAACCAUUAAUUAAAUUCAAUUAUUAAUGAUAAUUAUUUUUAAAAAGUAACAUAUUUUCUGGAGUAUGAGAUGACUUUUUGACCCAUGAAAAUCUUUUCAAAAGUCUGGGGUCAUCUUAUACGCCGGGAGUUGUCUUAUAAGCUGGUAUACGGCAUGCUGAAACUUCAGGGACAGGGGCCCUCUAGUUCAAGUUUGGUUGACAGCUUAGAAAACAAACAGCAUGGCAGCUCCCAUGGGUUUAUUGUCUUAUCCUACUUUUUAGCUUUAGAGUGAAUUGGAAAAGUUUAAUCGACUUGCACUGUUUUAUGUUUACAUGUUUGAUGACAAACAGCCUUAUGUUUAUAAGUGACAGUUUUCCUGCUAAAUACCUGCACGUCGUAAGCAUUUGAAUAAAAUUACCGUAUUGAAAUCAAGUCUGAUGUUUUUAACGUUUAUUUGGUGUGCAUUGGAAGAGGGGUAGUGUUACACGGUUAGUAUAGCCCAAACCCUAUAUUUUAACAGGAAAUUUAGGGGUCGUCUUAUAAGUCCAGCCGUCUUAUGCGCCGGAAAAUACAGUAUAAUUAAGGAAUCCUUUGUCAUUCACAGCGCCAUUGUGGUAAAAGAGAACUCUUCUGUCAUCAAAGAAAUGCUUGUGUGUUCCCAAUAGGAUGUUAUUUAAUUAAGUCUUAAGUCUAGGUGUCCGCUAAUGCCGCAAUUUCUUUCUAAAACAAUAGUGGGUUUUCACUAAGAGGUAACAGCUUGGGUCUGAUAUACUCAGUGAUAUUUUGCUUGCUGCGCGUGUGCCCUCAAAAUGGGUUAAUAAUUCAUCAAAUGACCCCACUGUAAACUGAAGCCUCUGAGUCUGACUAAAGUGUCUAUUUUUUUACCUUACUUUUACUGUAAAAAAUUGCUUUAGGCCUGAAGCUGGGGAAAAAAAUGAAAAAAUCUGGCCACACAUCUGUUGAAUGGACAGUAAACAAACGUAUGGAUCAACUGGUUUUUUAAUACGAUUUUUCAUAUUAAAAAUCCACUUCAAACCAAUAAAAAUAAAUAACUAACUAAUUGAAAACAAUAAAUAUUUGUUCUAUUAACCAUUGAAGGUUUUAAUGUAGUUCCAUCAAUUAAAUAUGAAGUUUUUAAUUUAUUGCACUAUAAUUAAUUUUUUUCACUAAAAUUACCUAGGCCUACUUAAUAAAUAAAUAAAUACAAAUAUUGAGUGGUCUAAGUAAAAAAAACUAAAAGGUUUGGAAGUUUCUCUUUGAAAUAAAUUAUUAAUGGAUUAGCGACAUCAGUUUUGACAAAAGUUAUCUACCCUGUCAUACAGGAGCAAAUAUUUGUCUAUGCACCCAAAGUCCAGUGUUUAGAUUCCCCAAAGUGAAGUCACUGAGCUUAAGGUGAGACAACUCUUGGCAAAGUCCAUGGAGGUAACAUCACUUUAACCCAACCAUGUGUAUGAUAACUUUUCCAUUUUAUGCGGAGCAUUAUUCACGUCAUAAACUAAAUCUAACUAUUGAUAAAUUUAAUAUGAAAUAAAUUAAAAUGAAAAUUUCCAUUCAGUUUUAUAAAAAUUUAACUUACAAGGUUCAAAAGAAAUUAUUUUGAAAGUAAAAUCCUUGCUGAUACCCAAAGAUGAACACUGGAAAAAAAGACCCCUUCUUCCACUUUCUAGAAUCAAAUAAAAAAGUUAGAGAAAAACUUUUAUCAUACAAAUACAGAGAUAAAAAUGAAAAUCUUUUAAAUACAGAACUUUGCCCGACAGUUGACCUGGCGAACCUUCAUGACUUAAAUAAUAUAAAUAUCAUGGAAGACAUCGCCGUCCCUGUCGCUAACUUGACCUCGGCCAUAUUAAUGUCAUGGCUUGUCAAAUUGAUUAGGUCAAUUUCAAUUUUCAGUUUAACUUCAAAGUAAUUUAAAUCUAUAUUAGGAUUAGGCCUAUUAGAAAGAUCUCCUUCAGGCAUUUGGUCAUGGAAAUUCCACUUACUUCUAGCUUGCAGUCUGGUUUAAUGUUAGUAAAAAUAUAAAUGAACAAAUUAGGAUAAUGCGAAAUGUUCUGGUAAUAAUGUCAAGACAAUGAACUGCAACAGCACUUUGAUAAGUUAAGCUUAUUAACUUUAUUAUCUCUGCCUACCUGUAAGAAUGUCAUUAUUAAAUAACUUGACAGAAUUCGUGCUAUACAAAUAAUUGUAUGUUGAUGUUGCCAUUAAAUUGGCAUAAAAUAUAUAUUUCAAAAAUGCUUUUUUUAACCCAUUAAAAAAAAAAAAAAUCAAUAUUCUUUUCAAGGAACUUGGCUUGGACAUAAGUGAUGAGCAGCUUGAAGAAAUGAAAGAGAACAUCUAUAAUAUUGAUUUUAAACGUGCAGCAAAAGAAGAGAAAAAAUAUCGGCAUGAUGUGAUGGCACAUGUCCACACGUUUGGUGCAGUAUGUCCAAAAGCUGCUCCUAUUAUUCAUUUGGGUGCAACAUCGUGUUAUGUUGGCGAUAACACUGUGAGCAAAAUAUUUUUAUUUUCAAAAUGAUUAUUUUAAUGUUUAGAAAUUUCCUGUUGUCACUAUCAAGUUCAAGUCUGAUUGAGGAAUUGAACUAAUUUUGUGUGGGAAGCAUACUGUCAAAAAAAGAAUAAUGUCAAAGAUAAAUUUAAAAGACAAUGUUAUGGAAUAGUUUUUAUAAACAGGACUAUAUUUAGCUUGUUAGAUGGACAAGGAAGAGAUUCUAGUUAAUUUGUUACUACUAAACUUUAUGGGAAAUGUAAGUUUCUUUAUUAAUUUCAUGUGUAUAUUAUGUUUUAUAUUUAUGCAGGAUUUGAUUGUACUAAGAGAUGGUCUUGAAAUUCUUAAGCCCAAGGUAAAUAUAUUUGAUCCCAUGUUUGAUUUUGAUACAGUUAACUUUGUUUUACCUUGGUUGAGGACCACAUAUUUGUUUUUGUUCACCAUCUGUUACUUUAAGAUUAGAAGUUUAUUUGAAUGUUUAUUAGAUGUCGUGCCAUAUUUUAAUAAAUCUUAUUUUAUGUGCCAGAUUGCUUCUUGCAUCAAUGAGUUGUGUAAAUUUGCAUUGAAGAACAAGUCCCUUCCCUGUUUAUCAUACACUCACUUGCAGUAGGUUCUAUUUCAUUCUUUUGAUAACUGUGAUAAUUUAAAUUUAAAAACUUCUUUUCUCCUUUCAAAUCCAUGGGGUUUGUCUGUGAGUUUGUAGCCUAAUUUUAUUUUAACAUAAGACUGAGUGAGCUCUCUCGGUUAAUUGUCUGACUCAUGCUGACCUGAAAGGUCACCCGAGUUGUUGACACAGAGUGGAAGCUCUGGUGGGAUUUUGUAAGCAUUCUUUGUUUUAAAUUCUACCUCUUUCCAUAAUUUAAAGAUUACAAUUUUAAUACAAAAAAAGUAGAAUAUAAAUAAUUUUUUAUGUCAUUGAAGAGAUUGCACAAACAAUGAAGUAGAAAGUAAUGUCAAAUUUGUUAAAAUGCAAUACGCAAAGAAAUUAUUUACAGAAAUUAUAUUUUUAUUUUCUAUUUAUUAUCAAGAGUAUUUAAAAUGUGUGCUUCAGAACUUAAAUGACCAUCACCACCCUACAUAAUACAAAAUAUUUAAACCAAUCAAUAUGAAUUGUCAAUGUGAACAUUUUACUACCUUUGAAAAACAUAUCUCUUUGGAGAAAAGAUAGCACAAAAACUGUAUGAAAAGAAUAAUAUAAAGGGAUUGCAUUCAAGAUUUUUUAACCUAAUAGAAAGAAAAUCAUCAUCAUCAUUGGCACUACAGCCCAUGCCCUGGCCUGCUCCACCACAUCCUUCCCUUCGGAUCGAUCCAUGCCUUUCCGCCUCCAUGCGCAAAUCCCCAACUGGUGUCAAUAAUUCUACAUCAUCAAACCAUCUCAGUCUUGUGCAACCAGUGAGCCGUCUGCCCCUGGGCUUCUGCCUGUAUAUCACUUUUGCUGCUCUACAACCAGGCAUCCUUUCAAUAUGUCAAGCGCAGUCUGCCUUUUAGAAAGAACAGGAUAUGUGAAAUUUUGAAUGAAAAUACAGCACAAUCAAAAGAAUCUUUCGGAUAAAAGGCUGGUCAUCAGACAAAACAAUUUUUAAAAUGAGAAUGAGAAAACUUAAAUAUAGCUUGCAAGUGACAGGAAUAAUCAUUAUUGUAGUGAAAAUUCAUUCAAGCCUUGACAUGUCCCAUUUUUACUUUUUCUUUUAUAUAAAGUGCUUAUGAAUAUGAUCUAUUUAUUAUCAGUGUAUGUUAUUUAAUUAUCAUUUAUCAUUAAUUCUAUCCAAUUUUUAGAAUACCAUGCUGUAGUCAAUUUGACACAACUCCAAUAUACUAACUCUGGUUGUUAUUUGAUAGAGCUGCUCAGGUAUCCACAGUUGGUAAAAGGGCUUGCAUUUGGGCUCAGGAGUUGCUCAUGGAUCUUAAAAAUAUGGAGAGAAUCAGUAGUGAGCUACGUUUUCGUGGUGUGAAAGGCACAACUGGAACACAAGCAAGUUUCCUGACCUUGUUUGAAGGGGAUGCCAGUAAGGUAGAAAAAUUGGAUCAGCGUGUCACAGAACUGUCAGGUUUCAAAAGGUGAACAGUUUUUAAUAACCUUGUAUGGGUCUGUAAAUAAAUUAUACUUCCUUAGAGAGUAAGGGUGUAAGUUUUUUGUGGUUUUUUUAUUAGCAAAAAAAAUUUGUAUAUGCGUAGUACAGAUUUUAAUUAAAUUCAUUAAAUUUAUGAAUACAUAAAAGGGAGAGGGGUGUAUUCCAUUAAAUAUUUCAUUAUUGUUUAAUAUACACUUUUCAGUCAUUUCAUCAUUUGUGGACAGACAUAUCCCCGAAAGGUUGAUGUAGAGAUACUAUCAGUGUUUGCUAGUUUUGGUGCAACAGUGCAUAAGGUAUAUAGUCCAUUUGAAAUGCAUUGCUAAAGUGAAAUAUUAAUUAUUUUCAUUUUUACCAUUUUAUUCCAAGCAGUUAUUGGAAGAGCCUCUUCAUUUUUACUUUCAUGUCUUUAAGUAAUCUUAAACACUUGAGCUAGAUGGUGUUAAAAUCCUUCACCGCUGUUCAAUUGAUAUUCACAAGAUUUUAUGCAUAAAGUAUUAUUUGAAGUUGGGAUUUUUAAGGGAAUUUCUUAAAAAUGUUUGCACUUUAUCAUGGCACUUUCUUUCAAUACAUCUGUUCCAAAAAACUUUAACUGAAAAUAAGAUUUGAUUUAUAUACUUCUUUUUAAUUUGCAGAUCUGCACAGAUAUUAGGUUACUAGCAAGUUUUAAAGAGCUUGAGGAACCUUUUGAAGCAGAACAAAUAGGUGGUUUGAUUUUUCCCCCUUUAGAUCAGUUAAGUGUCCAAAGGAAAUAUUUCAUUCUUUGUACUUUACGCCUCUUCAAAAUGUUUUGUUCAGGGUUUUUUAUUUAUAUUAUUUUUAAAACAUUCAUAUCUUUACUACUAGCAUUUAAUUAUUUUUAAAACAUUGAUAUCUUUACUACUAGCAUUCAUCAUUACUUUUCCUUGAGACAGAAAUGAAAAUGUUUGAACAAUUUUUACAUAAUACGCUUAAAAUUUAGAGAUUUUUUACGCCUGAAAUAGCCUUAUGAAACCUUGUGAAGUACUUAUUCUGUUAGUGAAAUACUUAAAUUAUUAUGACUUCAGAUGUGCUGUAUUGAAAAUCUGUAUAUAAAAAAAACUUCUCACUUGAAAGGAAUUUACAUCUGCAUAAUUAUUGUGUAUUUAUAGCAUUGCCUGAUGAUAAAUGGCUAACUAUCUCUUUUACUUUUUUAACCAGGCUCAAGUGCUAUGCCAUACAAACGUAAUCCCAUGAGAAGUGAAAGAUGCUGCUCGCUGGCCAGACUACUUAUUAGUUUAGUUCAGAAUCCUCUGCAAACAGCUUCAGUGCAGUGGAUGGAGAGAACCCUUGAUGACAGUGCCAAUCGUCGUGUUGUACUCCCAGAGGCUUACCUGGCUGCGGAUGCCAUUAUUAUUACUCUUCAAAACAUUUUCGAGGGUUUGGUUGUCUACCCUAAGGUUAACUUGCAAUGCACUUUUUAAGAUCUGUUUGAUUUCACAAUAAUUACUGGUACUUAAUUUGCUUUCAAAUUUUAUUGGCAUCACAUGCUUAUCACUCAUAGAAUUCUGUUAUUUUUUAAUUUCUUUGGUAUUUAUUUUUGAACAAUUAUGACAGUUUAACAUGACUUAGUGAAGAAAGCAUGCUACAAGAUAUAAUAAUAUAUCAGUACAAUUCAUGUGUCUUCAAUAAACAACAACUUAGAAAUACUUUAGUUUGCUGAACAAAUUUUCAAUUUGAUUAGUGUAUGAUGAUGCUUAUCUUUAAAAUGGACUUAUGACUUAUGGUUUCCCUUAUAGUUAUAGUCCAAUGUAAAUAUAUUAUUUUACGCAGGUGAUACAGAAAAGACUUGAUGAUGAGUUGCCUUUUAUGGCAAGUGAAAACAUUAUAAUGGCUGUGGUAAAAGUAGGGGGAAAUAGACAGGUGAAUGAUAUUUUCACAGUGAAUAUUUGUUGUCUUUCAUUUUUAGCUGUUUUGCUGAGUUUGAAUAGGUUAUCUUUGAAUUCUGACUUUUUUUCAAAUACACGUACAGACAAGAAACUGGUUUAAUUAUUUCUAAAUUAACAUUUUUAUUUAUGUAAAGGUUCCCUAUGGGGAUGUAAAUGUUUACCGACACAUUAACAAGAGCACUUACUCAAAUAUUGCUAAUUUUAAUUUGUUCUGUCUUGGUUACAACUGCAAUUAGUUAUCUGAACUAAAUUUUGUUUUCAUCAGGAGUGUCAUGAAAAAAUUCGUAGCCUAGCCAUUCAGAGUGCACAUGUAAUGAAACAUGAUGGGCUUCCAUGUGAUCUGAUGGAUAGAAUUAAAGAGGAUCCAUAUUUUACAACCAUUUUAGACACCCUGGACACCUGUGUGGACUCAAACUCUUUCAUUGGAAUGUCAACCCACCAGGUACUUAUCGAAAUAUUUUUUUCUUCUGGCUAAGAUUAAUACUCAAUUCCUUGAACCAGUGGUUCUUUAUUAUAAUAUUGAAUGUGAUUUUGCUUUAUGUCAAGCAGUGAAUCAAUUUAACUGGUAAACUACCAUAAGCCGCCAGCCGCAGGGCGUUUCUUUUGUUAUGGCCAUGAGCCGCUGGUAGCGCCAACGUUUGUAUCGUAGUCAACAUGACCUAGAUUUAAUUUGGCCAAGCCGGUUUUUCAUUCUGGUAGCCAAUCAGUUAAGCUAUGUAGAAUUUCUUUAAGAUUCGUCAGCAAAUGUUAUUUUUUCAUAGGUUGACAGAUUUAUAGAAGAAGAAGUGAAUCCAGUGCUGGUGAAGUACCGAGACAUUUUUACAAAAGCUCAGCUGCUUGAAAUUUGAAGUUAUUGGUAAAAAUUAAUGUAGUAUUUGGACAUUCUUUGAUGUAUAAACAGAGUGAAUAAAUGGAUUGGUAGUGGUGUUUUUUUUUUAAACUUUAAAGUAAAACAAAAGUGUAACUUAAAGACUAUUAAUGACAGGAUAUGUGACAGGUUGAAAAACAACCAAUUAAAUGAAUGUUAUUAUGACAGCCAAACAAGGAAGAGUAAGCCAUCAGCAUUGCUUUUGGUUACUGCUAGUACCAAUGUUUGGUUUAAAGAUUUCUGUUCCACUAAAUCUUAAGAUUCAAACAAAUGAACGUGUGCACAAAAUUAUAUUUAAGUUGUUCAAAUAUUCCACCAUUUUUUAUUGUAAACCCUUUUCGUUGUAAAAAAAACAAUCAUGUAAAUUGAAAUUUAAAAGGGCAUUGAAAAUAAAUUUUCAAAUAUAAUGCAUUUAUUAUCAUAACAUUUAAAUUGAAUGAUUCAAUAUUGGAAGAGUUUUUUGCUCAACUGUUUGCAAAAUUUACAUGUUUAUACUACCUUUCUAAUGACAUUGCAUUUUUUAAAAACAUAGAAAUUUGGUAAUUGCUUCUACAUUUUCCUUGUCGGGUUUUAUUUUUUUAUAUCAAGGGGUGCAAUAUGUACUUGCAGGAAAUUAAAUUAAAGCAUGUUAAUCACAGU